GCGCGGAUUUGCGCUGCUGGGAAUCUAGAACGGCCAUAUCCAUCGCCGGAGGGAGGGGGGGCCUUGCAAAAUGAUGUAACCACCUCCCGCUUUCACGAACCCCCUGCAGCCAUAGACGUAAUAGGUGCCAUCAGCUCGGGAAGCCAUCAGUGGCAGGCGUAGGAGGCUGAAGCGGUCAAAUUUCGACUCCAUCCGUACGGGCUCUAGUCUACUAUCUGAUGCAUCCAAAACUCUCAGAGACUCGAAUGAUGCUAAAUACGAGUACCUGUAUCGACAUACCGCCCAGGCAACUGUGUACUGGGCCUCUAAUAGAAUACCUAUUCCUCGUCUCUCAUAUCGAAUGCUCACGACCAUUUGCCGAAUGUGCCUACUUUACUUGCAGUGACCUUAUCUUUUAUGUACACACACAGCAUGUGGGAUGCCUCAAUCUGGCAGCAAUAAACUUCCCCUCCCCUCCCUUUCACACAACUCUUCACCCACCUGCUUCUUUCUUGUCUUUUUUUUUCCGCUCGCACAUGUGGAAUUGUUUCAUUCCUCGCUUGCCUCCUGUGCUCCCCAGGAGUCCCCCCCUCCAUGUCCACCCCUCCAUCUUUUCUUUUUCUUUUUCCAAACCCUCAUUUGUUCCUCUGCUCCUGAUUCGACUCCUCCCAGUCUCCCCUGCACGGAGAACUUGUGCGUCAAAUUAGCUUUACGGAAGGCUGGCCCUUGGCUUUCCCAGUCACCGGCGGAUUUAAAUGGAUGGAUGCUUGUGCCUGGGUUUCACGCGGGACCCCGGCUGCGGCAUCUCUACCUAGUACCCAGGUCUGCAUGACUGAGCACAGGACACUUCCCGGA